GCAAUGGCACUGCACGACGGAGCAAAGGGAGUGGUAGAACGCCGCCGAAGUAAAGGCGUAGAUUGGGCCCUGGCCGAGUUCAGGUACACCAGGCGGGAGGCAAUGGACGACAUGGGGCAACCGUCGACGCAGGCACUACGGUGGAGAACUCAGAGGAGCAGCUCCUCAAUGAGAUCGAUGAGCUUCUCCGCCAACAGCGUGAGCUUCAUGAUCCUCGAGGCUUUCCAAGGGGUCCCUUCUCAGCUCCUCGCCGACAACCCUUUCCUCAAGCUUGACAACAGGGGUCCCUUCUUUGUCAAUGGACUUCCUUUUGGAGCCAUAGACACAAUAAAAGCUGCAUACAGAGCUACUGUACAAAUUAAAGAUCCUCCAAGGGAUGGGUUUAACCUAACAUUGAAAAUAAAUCUGUCAAAGCUUCCUGCAAAUCAAGAUCAAAGGCAAUCCUUUUUUGUGAAAAUUGCAUCACUGAAGGAGGUUGUCCUUGGUGCACCAUUGAGAGUAAUUUUAAAACAUCUUGCUUCAAGAACUGUUUCUCCAGACAUUAAUCCGCUCGUCGCCCUUGUGCAUCGGCCAAGGGAGUUAUUUUUUCUUAUUCCAAAGGGGUGUCUGGAGUGAAGGGUCGUUUGGUGAAGAUGGAGAUCAAGGCAUCGACGUGCGUAUAAGAAAAAGAAGAAGUGGGUGCUUGAGAAACCGAACGAGUGGUGGAAGUUGAAAGUCAUAACCUUUUGGAGAAUAAGAGAUGACAAAGAGCACAGGAAUUCGGUUUUUGGAUUCGCACUGCCAUUAGAGAGAGAGAGAGA